CUUACCACGGGGCACAAGUCUGGAGUCACGGGUGACGGGUUGGCCGCCGUAAGUAGUACAUCUAUACAUGUGAUUAUGUGAAUUCGUUUCUGUAGCGUUUCCACGUUUUCACAUUACGUUUUCUCGAAGCAUUGACAUCUCCGCUUUGGUGGUCGGCAAUUCGUUCGUAACAUUGUCGUUCUUACCACACAAGAUUCCUACAACUAUUCGUUAUGCGAUAGUGUUCUUCAACACAUCUGUCGUCAACAAUUAAACGCACAAUUUUUACGGAGAGGUUAAGAAACCUGUUCUUACACGCUUAUCAAAUUGUUUUUUUUGUUUUUAGACAAUAUUAUAUAGUUUUUUCUAGUUUAUUCCUGCCGUCAGCCGUGUUUUGAGUUCUAGUAUACAUCGAAAUUAGGUUGUUUUUAGUAAAUCGGUAAUACCCAUAGAAAGUUGUUCUCCUGUCUUUCGGUUAGAUUCAUCGAAGGAUCAUGUCCGAUUUAGAUAGUUUUUUCGCAAAGAAAGACCGCAAGAAACCUAAAGGCAAAAAAUUCACCACUUCCGAAAAUCUGGUGGCCAGUCUGUUAGAAGAGCCCCAGAAGAAACAAGAUAAAUUAAAAAAAGAACGAUCCAACUUUGCACAACUGCUCAAUUCAGGAGAUAAGGACAACACGUCUUCUUCGCAGACUGAAGAAGAAUGGAAAGAGUACCGUGAAGAAAUAAAAGACUAUACGACAUUGAAGAUUCAAAAUUUGACUGCUGAUGUGUCAUCAAAUUGUUCAGACAACAAUGAAAAAGAUGAUGCUAUAGAAUUUGAAGAAAACGAGGCUGGAGAAAUGGUGCCUAAGCGAAAACAAGCAGGACCUUGGAAAGUUCAUGAACCUGAGCCAGUGGCUCCGCCUAAAGCUGAACCAGUUGUAGUAGAAAAACCUUUGGAACCUAAAAAAUCUGCUUAUGUUCCUCCAGCACAUCGAAACAAUUUCCAAGGUGGACCAAGAAGUGCGCCUAGAAGUAAAACUAGCUUAGAUGUUAAGAAUGAAGACAUGUUUCCAACUCUACAAGGCAAUACUGCAGCAAAAAAAGUAAUGGCUCCUGUCAAAAAGGCUGAAACACCAGCUUGGUCCAAGUAUCAAUAAGAAUUUACUUGUAAUUUUUGUCAUAUCGAAACGUUAAAAAAUAUAAUUGUUUAAAUCAUUAAUCAUUAAAUAGUUAAUUUACAAGCAUUCUAAAUUAAAAAAAAAAAUACAACUAUUAAUGGUAUACCUUAUUAUUUUACUUGGAAAUAUUUUUUAUUAGUCUUAUUAUUUUUUUUGAUUGAAAUUAAACUGUGAUCAAAUUUCUAAAAAAAAAUACCUAUUUAACAAAGAUUUAUUAUUAUUCAUAAUUUUUAUUAAAUAUUGUUUUAAUUUUACAGUUUUCCAUUGGCCCUGGAACAUAUUGUUAGCUAACCCACUUUGUUAUAAUGGUAGACUAUUCCAAUUCCUUCACUCAAUAGCUUUAUUUGUUAAAUUUAUGUGAUAAAAUUUAAUAGUAUUGAGUGAAUAUUUGUGUUUGGCUAUUUAGAAAUAUAUCAUAUUUAGUGUAGUUGCAUCAUAUUCUUCAAAAAUAAUCUAGCUCCUAUUGUUUUUUAAUUUGUUUUUUUUUCACAAUAUCUACAUAUAUACAAUCAGCAUGCAUACAAAGUUCCUUCUGAAUUUUGAUAUUGUAGUCUAUAACAUCAAAACUUAUGACCUGUAUUAACAUUAUUGCUGUAAUUUUGGUUCCAUCGAAAACCGUGCAGUUUUAUUAACAAUACUAUUAAUUUCAUUACAUUAUUUAUAAAAUUUGAGGACCUUUUAAAAAAACUGUUUUUAAAAAUGCAAUAGCACUUGGAACACAUAUAUAUAUAUAUGCUAAAUAUUAAAAUACCAAAGCAACAUCUGAUAAAUGUGUAUCUACUAUAAAAUAAAUACCAAAAUAUGAGUUUUCGCUCCAUCCUAAUAUAUAAUCUUUUAGGAAAGUGAUAAUAAUUUAUUUCAUUGUUUCAAAGUAUAAUAUUUUUAAAUUACAGUUUUAGUUUUACACCCGUAAAAGUAAUACUUCACUAAUAUUAUAGUAAAAAUGUUAUUUUCUCAAAAAAAAAAAAAAAUAUAUAUAUAUACAGAAAAAAUGUAUCAACAAAUAAAACAUUAAAUAUGCAUUGUAUCUGAAGGUUCAUAAGUUGAACUUAUGGAUUGUAAAUGUUUAUACAAUUUGAAUAAUUUAAUAGAAUUAGCUUUGUUGCAGUAUUGCUGUUGGAAAAACAUUUUUGAUGAACAUGUAUAGUCUAAAACUCAUUUGUCAUUCUAAAACCAAAAUCAGUUUUAAGUUCUGUGCCUGAACUACAAAUUGUUUUAAAAAUUAAUGUAAUUUAACAGCAAUAAUAGGCUAAUUUAAAAUCAUUUUGUUUUGAUAUGUAAAAAUUAUUUUUGAUAGAUUUGCGUUUGUUCUUUAUGUUUAAUUUUUCCAAUGAUUGCUGCAUAAAAUAUACAUGCUUUUAUAUAUACAUAAGCUCUUAAGUCAUAGUAAGUAAAGUAUGUAGUUAUACUUAAAAAAAACAUUUGUAAAACAAUUAGCAAUCUUCUGGUCCCUUGAUACACUUAACAAAUUAAUGUUCUUUUAUGUGCCAAAUAGUAUUCAAAGUACAAUAUGGGAAGUAUUAAGAUAUUAAUAUCCACAUUAUAGUUGAAACCAUUGAAUGUUAUAUAUUAUGUCUGUUAAAAUGUACUCUAUUAGUCAUUAAACUUUUAUUUUAUGUUAAAAGUAAUAAUGUAUAAAUAUAAGUUCAACAAGAGCAUGGUACAAGUACAAAAUAUGCUUACGUCAGCUACCAAGUAAUGUUAACCAUUGAUUAUAAUUACUUAAUUUGUGUGUGAACUAUUAUGUUAGUAACUUAAAACUUUAUAAAUUUAUCAACAAUUUUAUACGGCUACCAUUGCUAACACGGUCUAAGAUUUACAUCAAUAAGAUGUUAAAUUAUUUUUAUAUAAUAAUAUGCAUUUAUAUUGAAUGUAAAUAUUGUAACUUGGUUAUAUCAAUUAUUUUAUGUGAAGAAAAAUAAUGUUAAUAGUUUUUUUCACUUCUA